AUGAUUUGCCUUUGGGGCACGACAAGGCCAACUUACACACCAAGUAUGGCACCUCCUCAAUCGCAACCCUUUGGUAAUCUCCUGAACCCCCAGCCGGGUGGGUUCCAGGCGCCCGGAGAUCAUCAAACGCCGGCCAUGUCGACGAACCUACGCGGCCUGAACAACCACGCGGAUUUGGUCACACCUCAGAAUGGGCCUCGCACUGGUACCCCACGCAGUUUGAUCCGCAGUGCCAGUCGGGAAACCCUGGCCUCCGUUGGCACUCGACCUCGCCCAAAGGUCAAAGCUAAGACCACUUUGGCUGCCAAACCAUCCGCUGAACACGUCAGCUCACCUCGUGGCCCGUCGAAGAAGCGGCAACGUUCUCAAUCACCUACUCAAGCACCGGCCGGGGGAUCAGCAUCCACCUCUCAGCAGAGCUCAAUUCCCCAUGACUCGCGUCCCGAAAGCCAGUUUAUCUCUGGGGUCCCUGCCCAGCUCAGCCGAGACCUGACUCGCCAGGAAGCUGAAUACCUGGCGGAAUUGACGGAAUCUUUCGAUGACAAGCAUCGGCAGUAUGCGCGUGAUCUGUCUGAGAUCGUGGGUGAAAACCAUCGACAUUUGGCGCGAUCAGCUGAUUCUGCCAGGGCGCAGUACUACAUAACCCAAACUGCUGAUAAGGUGGACUCCCUGGCCAUACGAACGGGCGCCUUGGCGGUACGCCACAGUGAGGCUCCUCCUGCGGUUCCUGCUCGCAAGGCAUCAAACGGCGAACCUCCUAAAAGGAAGAAAUGGGUAAUUUCGAAGGAACUUAGAGCCCUGGUCACCGCCCUGUCAGUUGAAUUGUUACCAGAGUCCAAUCUGCAGGCCUACACCGCGAUUGAGGACGGUGCAAAGAACUACCUUCCGAGGUCGCUUUUCAAUACCAUCAGGGCGAGUGAUGCAAUCAUCACAUUGGCUCCUCACAGCCUGCGGGUAGCGAAGCAAGAUGCCGCCUGGUUAGCUCAACACCUUCCAGGUAAAAUCCGCGGGGUGAACAACGCCGAGGGUAUACGAAAUUACUGUACGGCAAUCAAGGAAGCCUGUAAGCACUCACGCAAGAAGUUGCACCUGUUGGUGAGUCGUCCUGCAUACGUAUUGUCAUUUGAUAUAGAGGCUGAGCUCUUAACAAACAUUCAAAGUCAGAAGAGCGGAACCGUCAAGGUCGUGGCGGUUCCUAGUUUACAGGCUUUGUGGUAUCGAGUGGUAAUCAAAUGCGGCAUCAUUGAAGAAUCAGUGGAUGCGAAGACUGCAUGGGCAGCGGCGGACGGACCAGCACGAAGCCAACUCGCAUAUCUUCGAAGGGAGGCUGCCCGCCUGCGUAAGACUCCUUCAAACACUAACAUUUGGUGUGAAGUGGACCGUCAGCUGGACCACCUGCGCAAAAUGGAUCAAGAACAUCCUGACUUUUUGUCAUUGUAA